AUGAGAGCGAAUAAGGGGGCUGAGUUGUUCAUGCUCAGUGUGGUUGUGGCAGCUGUUGUGUCCCUUGAGGUGCAAAUGCCCGAGAAGAGACUUGAAGUGGCAAGAGGACGGGCUGCCACCCUGCUAUGUACCUUUCAAAGUGAUCAAAAAAUUACUUCAAACGACUUGGGUAUCUGGAAAAAAGUAUCUUCAAAUGAAGAAAUUGUUAACUGGUACUUUGAUGGUGGAGAAGAACCGUUUAUACCACAGAAUUACAAAAAUCGUGUGACGCCGAUUGGAAAUCCAAGUAACAACGACCUCUCCAUCACCCUCAGUGACGUGAUCAUGGGUGACAAUGGAACCUAUGAAUGUUCAGUUCGCAUGCGCCAUGAUCUCCCAGUGAAAAGUGCACAGAUGGAUCUUGUGGUCCUUGUGACGCCAUCCACACCAGAGUGCAAAAUUAUAGGGACGACAGAGUAUGGAUACAACAUUAACCUGACCUGCAAUUCUCAGGAAGGUUCCCCAAAACCUCAGUAUUCCUGGCAGAGGUUUGAUUUACAAAACCAACAAAGGGAACUCAAAGGAUCAAUAGUAUCAGGAGGGCUGUUGCAUCUGAAGAACGUUUCUGCAGACACCUCUGGGUUCUAUAUCUGCACUGCCACCAACUCUGUUGGAAAGGAUUCCUGUAACAUGACUGUUUCCAUUUCACCUCCAUCCAUGAACAUUGCCCUCUAUGCUGGAAUCAUUGGAGGGGUUGUUGCUGCAAUAAUUGUCAUUGGCAUUCUAGCUUAUUGUUGCUGCUGCAGGGAGCGGAAGGAUAAGGACUACGAGAUGACAGAAAGAGAAAAUAAUUACCGACCACCACCAAAUGAACCUGUACAAAUCCGGGGGCCAGCUGAUGAAGAGGUACAGGAGGAAGACGAGCAGCAGGAGGAAGACAGAUGGAAAAGCAAGCCACUAAUGCCACCGACUCCCAAGUCAGAAGAGGCGGCUUAA